CUCGGUGAUGACAGUGCUUUUCCAGAUAUUAAAUAUGGCAGGUGCAAUGUUGUUUGAACGAGCGCAAUCUGUUCCUUCUCAACACGAUAAAUUGAUGAAAUUGAAACGUAGCGAUGAUAAUGAAGAUAACGAUGAUGAAAAUAUUCAAAACAAAGAACAAGAUAUUCUUAAUUUGGGGGAAAAAUACAAGAAAGAAGGUAAAGCUAAAGAACUUGCAGACUUGAUCAAGCAAACGAGACCGUUUUUAAGUGAAAUUAGCAAAGCUAAAGCAGCCAAGCUUGUAAGAUCUCUUGUUGACUUUUUUUUGGACUUGGAGGCUGGAAUAGGAAUUGAAGUUCAACUGUGUAAAGAAUGUAUCGAGUGGGCUAAAGAAGAAAGGCGGACAUUUUUGAGACAGUCACUAGAAGCGAGAUUAGUGGCUUUAUAUUUCGAUACUGGCAUGUUUGCAGAAGCGCUUCUACUAGGGUCUACAUUACUUAAGGAACUAAAAAAACUGGAUGACAAAAAUUUAUUGGUAGAAGUACAAUUAUUGGAAAGUAAAACCUACCAUGCACUGAGUAACUUGCCCAAAGCAAGAGCAGCAUUGACCUCUGCCCGCACAACAGCAAAUGCUAUUUAUUGCCCACCUAAAGCUCAGGCUGCAUUAGACCUUCAGUCUGGCAUUUUACAUGCUGCUGACGAAAAAGAUUUCAAAACAGCAUAUUCAUAUUUUUAUGAAGCAUUUGAAGGUUUUGAUAGUGCUGAAUCUCCAAAAGCUUUGACAGCCUUAAAAUAUAUGUUGCUGUCAAAAAUAAUGCUUAACAAUCCAGAAGAUGUCCAACAAAUUGUGAGUGGUAAACUAGCGAUUAAGUAUGCUGGCCGAGAUGUAGAUGCAAUGAAAGCAGUAGCACAAGCGUCGCACAAGAGAUCCCUAGCAGACUUCCAACAAGCAGUAAAACAAUUCAAGCAUGAAUUAGAGGAUGAUGUUAUCGUAAGGGCCCAUUUGGGAACUUUGUAUGAUAAUAUGUUGGAACAAAACCUAUGUAGGAUUAUAGAACCAUACAGCAGAGUUCAAGUUGAUUAUAUUGCAAAAACUAUCAAGCUUCCAAUGCCACAAGUAGAGAAAAAAUUAUCACAAAUGAUUCUUGAUGCUAAGUUUCAUGGAAUUUUGGAUCAAGGAGAAGGUGUAUUGAUCGUAUUUGAAGAAACUCCAGUAGACAAAACUUAUGAAAUGGCAUUAGAAACAAUACAAAGCAUGAGCAAAGUUGUAGACACACUUUAUCAAAAAGCAAAGAAGCUCUCAUAGGUUAAGUGUUGACAUAUUAAAACAGACUGUAUUUUUCCUACCAAUUUUAAAUUUUCCCUAAUUUGAAUUGCAUUUUUGUUUUUCCCUCUUUAACAACUUACAUAGUGUGUACAUAAUUAACAAAAUGCUUUCUGAUUUUCAAAUUAAAUUCUAUAUAAUAAAGUUUGUGGGUUUGAUUUGUAUAUGUUGAAGUCUUGCAGCACUUUUCAGUCUGGGUCGGGAUAGAAGAAGAAUAAAUCAUGAAAAGUGCUGUCUUUAUUGUACAAGUGUUUUUAAUAUAAUACUUUGCAAACUGUUACUUUUGCUUAAUCAUAAUAAAUAAUUUAUAAUUA